AGAGUUGGACGCCGCCUGCUCCCAGCUCCCCGCCCACCGCCCUCCCAGAGCUGGGCCCUAGUCCUUCGCUCGCAGCGGUGCCGCCAUGGGCCCAGACAUGGAGCCGUUGCUCCUGGCCUGGAGCUAUUUUAGGCGCAGGAAGUUCCAGCUCUGCGCCGAUUUGUGCACGCAGAUGCUGGAGAAGUCCCCUUAUGACCAGGCAGCUUGGAUUCUAAAAGCACGAGCACUAACUGAAAUGGUUUACAUAGAUGAAAUUGAUGUAGAUCAGGAAGGAAUUGCAGAAAUGAUUCUGGAUGAAAAUGCUAUUGCUCAAGUUCCACGCCCUGGAACAUCUUUGAAACUCCCUGUAACUAAUCAAACAGGAGGGCCUAGUCAAGCUAUUAGGCCAAUCACUCAAGCUGGAAGACCCAUUACAGGUUUCCUUAGGCCCAGCACACAGAGUGGAAGGCCAGGCACUAUGGAACAGGCUAUCAGGACACCCAGAACUGCCUACACAGCCCGCCCUAUUACCUCAUCUGGAAGAUUUGUCAGGAUGGGAACGGCUUCCAUGCUUACAAGUCCUGAUGGACCAUUUAUAAAUUUAUCUAGACUGAAUUUAACAAAAUAUUCCCAGAAACCUAAAUUGGCAAAGGCUUUGUUUGAGUAUAUCUUUCAUCAUGAAAAUGAUAUUAAGACUGCUUUGGAUCUUGCUGCCCUUUCCACAGAGCAUUCUCAGUACAAGGACUGGUGGUGGAAAGUACAGAUUGGAAAAUGUUACUACAGAUUAGGAAUGUAUCGUGAAGCAGAAAAACAGUUUAAAUCAGCCCUGAAGCAGCAGGAAAUGGUAGAUACCUUUCUCUACUUGGCAAAAGUUUACAUCUCUUUGGAUCAACCUGUAACUGCUUUAACUCUCUACAAACAAGGUUUAGAUAAGUUUCCAGGAGAAGUAACCCUACUCUGCGGAAUUGCCAGAAUCUACGAGGAAAUGAACAAUAUUCCAUCUGCAACUGAAUACUACAAAGAAGUUCUGAAACAAGACAAUACUCAUGUGGAAGCCAUCGCAUGCAUUGGAAGCAACCACUUUUACUCUGACCAGCCAGAAGUAGCUCUCCGGUUUUACAGGCGACUCCUGCAGAUGGGUGUUUAUAACUGCCAGCUUUUUAACAAUCUGGGGCUGUGUUGCUUCUAUGCCCAGCAGUACGAUAUGACUCUGACCUCAUUUGAACGUGCCCUUUCUCUGGCCGAAAAUGAAGAAGAGACAGCUGAUGUCUGGUACAACUUGGGACAUGUAGCUGUGGGAAUAGGAGAUACGAAUUUGGCCCAUCAGUGCUUCAGGCUGGCUUUGGUUAACAACAACCACCAUGCCGAGGCCUACAACAACCUGGCCGUGCUGGAGAUGCGGAAGGGUCAUGUUGAACAGGCAAGGGCACUGUUACAAACUGCAUCAAGUUUAGCGCCUCAUAUGUAUGAACCACAUUUUAACUUUGCCACAGUCUCUGAUAAGAUUGGAGAUCUGCAGAGAAGCUAUGUUGCUGCACAGAAGUCUGAAGCAGCAUUUCCAGAUCAUGUGGAUACACAGCAUUUAAUUAAACAGUUAAAGCAGCAUUUUGCUAUGCUCUGAUUGUUCCUUAGACCAAAUAUCUUCUUAUGAAGGGGCAUUAUAUACAAGGGGAAAAGUACUGUGUAUAUGUAUGGAUAUAUUGUAACAUAUAUAUUUUAUAAACCUGUGCUUGCUAUUUGUGAAGGUGACAUAUGAGGGAGUUUAAACCAGAAUAUAUAGUGAAAAAUUUUGUAAUAACAAUAACUUUGUGAAUAUUAUUAUAAAAUGCAGAAUGUAUGCAUUUCUAAGUAGAUCAUGAGGCUUUCUCCUACAUUAUACGGUAGAUGUUUAUCUUCAUUAAUUUCCUCAAAUUUUUAUAGAUGCACAUUUUUGAAGUCCUCAAGCUGACAAUUAGCCAUCACAUAAGCUUAAGAGGUCUGAAAUCUUCCUUUAAAAUUGCAUUUUUAAGCUCCACACCAUGGCACGUGACUAUAAUCUUAACUUCUUGGGAGGCUGAGGUAGGAAGAUCACUUGAGCCCAUGAUGGCAGCCUGGGCAACCUAGGAAGAAUAUGUUUCUUUAAAAAAAAAAUUUUUUUUUAAUUUUUUCAAAAGCUACACUUGUAUGUCUAAAAGUAUGUGUAUUUAUCCUAAGUAGAAGCUUUA